AUGACACUUUUGAAGCAAACAUCAAUAAAUUACAUUCUAUAUACUCUUAGCUGUUUAGUAAUUAUAUCAGCUUCAGUUACUUUUAUUUUAAGUCUCUAUCGAUUACAACGUGAUGCAAGUUUAUUAAAUCGUGAACGAAAACGUGACUAUGUAACAAAUAAAAUUAAUAAAUCAUUUCCUACAAUAACUAUUAUAAUAAGUAUUAUUGUAUGUAUAUCAUCGAUACUUGCAUUUAUUGCCGUUCUUAUUGAUGGUCGAACGGAAAUGUUACUCAUUUCUAUAACAUCAAAUAUUAUUUUAGGUAUUGGUCUUAUUGUUCUUGGUGUUAUUAUGCUUGGAUUUGUUCAAAAUAUAGUUGAAAAUUUUCCUGUUGAUAUUGAACGAUUACUUGUUGAUUUUAUUAUUUAUAAUAAAACAUCAGCACGUGAUGAACUUAUUAAAAUUGAAAAUAGUAAUGAUUGUUGUACAACACAAGAUUUAACAUGGAUUAAACAAUAUUCUCAAGCAGCUGAAUGUAAUCGAGAAGAAAAGUAUCGUAUGAUUUAUGCUGAUCAAGAUGAACAACGUGGUUGUGUUAAAAUUAUUAAACGAACUGCUUUAUCUUUUAGACCCGUACUUAUUUCAGAAAUAAUAUCUGGUUGUCUUUGUCUUUUACUUGGCUUAUGGACCAUUUGUGUUAUAUGUCAUAUAAAUGAUCAUUAUGAUAAUAUAAAAUACGAUCAUGAAAUUAGUAAAGAACAACCUAUAACAAAAUAUCCAUAUUAUCAAACUAAUAAAACAAUACAUAAUAUUGUUCCUGUAAUUAAAGCUAAUGAUGAUCAUCAAAUAAAUUCAAUAGUAGAUAAUCAUACUGUAUCUCGUCAUUCAUAUCCUUCAAUUCCUUUCAACAAAACUGAUAAAUCUCUCUAUACGAAUACUAUGAAUACAUAG